CCUUCGAGAGUAGACAGUGUGCAUUAUCAGCAACGCAGAGAGAUGCCGCGCCCGCUGCUGCUCCUCGCAGGCGCCUGCCUGCUGGUGCUGUGCGCGCAUCGCGUCGCCGCUCAGGAGGGGCCCGACUCGCCCCUACCAGGGGAACGCGAGUAUGGCUGGGAUGACGACUUGCCGGGGGCGGCUUCCGGCGGAGGCCUGGAGGUGUACAACGCCACCGAGACCUCCGGCCCCGUAAACGUGGACAGCGCAGAUGGCUCGACAACCGACGAAUCGAACUGCACGCAAACUGAAGAGGCAUCCCGGAAAGGAACAGCUGCACAUGCAGGCUCCAGGCACAGAACCCUUGCCAGGACGACAGCUCAUGCCAGAACCGCCAAGUCCAGGACGGCUUCCAACGCCAGCAGGGCAGGCAGAUCGCGGACUGCGGCCAGAGCCCGGACAGCUGGCAAGGAGGCCGGCAGAGCAGUGGCGAAGGCUGCCAGGGCGCACAGCAAGUGACAGCUGCUGCGUCGGUACACAACCAGUGGACACAGUGCAGCACAGCGAUUAAUCUAGCACCGUCUAUACUACCAUUGUAAGAAGUAAAUAGAUCAUGUUUAUUGCAUAUUCCAA